AUGUCUUUCCAAGACAGCGCCUGCCAAAUUGAAGUCAUCCCCAGUCCCGGGGGAUCAACAUCUCUCGUUGCCAUUUGCAACAACGAAGAGGGCUCUGGUCUGACGAGCGACAUUGUCCUCGAUGAGUUUCUGGGAAAUGAGAACGGAAAUUUCUCCUGGACGGGGCAGAACUUUACCCAAAGUGCCCGGAGCGUCGGAGUGUCCAGAGAAGGGCCAAGACGAGUGCCUAUCCUUCACGCUGAGCUCCUCGAUGAUUCGGGGGUCUUCCAACCGAGACAUAUCGAGCUGGCGAGACGUAUUGGAAAUAUCAAUGGGGAGCUUGUGCUUGUCGAAGAGGAGUUGAUUGAAUAA